UUGGCGGGUUGCCGCCAGGAGCCUUGUGCGCAUGCGUCAGUGCUACUCUAAUCUAACAUAAUCGGCAGAAACAUGAGCUUCGCUAUCGUGGAGAAAGGUGCGUUUCCUUCUUGAGAUAAACUUUGAUAUUGUAAUGAGAAGCGUAACAUUAGUAUUUCUUGGGGUGGUGUUCGCGUCUGCUGAAGUACAACCUGAAUAGGUAUCCAGGCACUAGCGGUCCAACGACUGCAAGUUAAGGCUACGGAAACAAACGGUGUCCAGUUAGCUAGCUGGAUACUGAAUAUAUUGCAGUUAUACGGCUCGUUUAAUCGUUACUUUUUUAAAUAGUCUCAAACGGCGUUUUAAGAUGGGAUUUAAACAGCAGUGUGUUUGUAAGAGAAAUUCGACUACGUAUCUAGUCGUAUAGAUUUGAGCUCUUCAUAUGCACAGGGGCAGACCGAAAACAAAACAGAACCUUACGCUUCGAAUUCUAAUUAAUUUAACCGUAAUACUAUUUUCUGUUCGGCGUUUUAAACCACCUUUGAUCCAUACAGCACAGAAUUGCUGGGGAGCAUAUCGGAGACCGCUUAAGGCACACGGUAUGGGUACAGUCCAUCACAGGGCACAAACACAAUCUCUCCAUGGGACUUCAAGUGAAGCCAGUGCACCAUACUGCAUCUUUAUGGAUUGUGGGAGGAAACUGAAGUACCCAGAGGAAACUGAUACAAUAUGGGGAGAACUUAAUGUUUUUAGUAUUCUGCCUGUAGGUGGCAUAAUGAUUAAAGAUAUGAAUGUUACAUUUAUACAGCGCUUUCCAAAACGCCCAAAGAGCUUUACAGGACCAGUGGGGAGCCAUUUCGACCCCCACCACCGUGUAGCCCCCACCUGGAUGAUGCGACGGCAGCCAUUCAUUCUGGGCCAGUAUGCUCACCACCCAGUAGCUAAGGUGCUGGUGAAUUCUAGUUGGAAUUCAUCAACUAGAUACAGGGAUGAUUAGAAGGCCAUCACAGUGGGCAGUUUUAGCCUGGGCAUCAGGGUAUCACAUUUUCGAAGAACACUGAAGGAUCUGACCUCUGAGAGGCAGGACCCUGGUUUGAUGUCCCAUCCAAAGGACGGCACCAUUUUUACAGCACAGUGUCCCUGUCAAUGCACUGGGACAUUGGAAUCCAUACUGACUACAAGAUGGGCUAACCUGUCAGCCACACCAACAUCUCUUCCAGCAGCAACCCAGCUUUCCCAGUUGGUCUCCCAGCCAGAUGUCGGUGUACGGGUGCAGGGUCGUCCACCGCCAGCGCCAUGAGGGGCUGCAGCAGCUGGUGACGUUGGCAGGCUCUGCACGCUCUUUCCUAGGCCCCGAUAAAAGGUACAAGUUCGUGGUAGAUGAGGAUGACGGCGGGUCCAGUCUGGUGUGCUCUCCCCUGCGGCUGCUGGAAAGCAUGGACACUGGCUGUGCGGCAGUGCAGCUGCUCCUCGAGACGGUGCAGGCCCAUCUGAAAAGCUUCCACAUGGGGACAGUGACCCUGGUGUUUAUGGUUGGGGCGUGGAGCUCGGCAGCUCUGGAGUGCCUCCGUGAAGGUAUCCCUGUGCAUGAUGUUGUUUCGUCUAUGACUGAGGGCCUGGAAUUGUGCUCUGAGGCCUGUCAGAUGAGUUGUGUGUCCCUCAAGGAGGUUGUUCGCCUUGUUGGUUGUGGACCAAGAAGGCAGGGGAAUUCAACAGUUGCUUCUGCCCAGGGUUCUGAAAGAGUAUCAAAUGGGUCACAGAUCAUUUCUGUUGCUACUUGCUUUUCUCAUCUGCCAGCUCAAGGUGUAAGCAAGUCUAGAUGCCUGGCUGGGAGAUCUUGUCAAGAUAACAAGUUUCCCACAAUGAUUAGACACAAUCUAAAACUGAGACAUAGUAGACAUUUCAGUCAAAAUGAGGAGACCACUGGGACAGAAGUGGGCUGCAAAAGGUCAAUUGAGUCAUCGUUCUUGCCUCGGCACAAUUUUGAAUACCAAGACAUUGCCUUCCUUGCAAAUACUGUCUGCCAUGGUAGUGAUAGCUUAAUGAAGUUAGUCACAGAGGCAAGCAGGAUUCAAACAGAGAACGCAAGAUGUGGAGAUUUUAGUAAAUGUGUUUUCGAUGUCAGUAAACUGGUCACAUGCUUGCUGCCUGGCUUCUCAGAGGAGUGCUCAUGUGUGGCAUCAGGAUUGGUCACAUUUGCGUCUGUGGAGCAGGCUUCGAUAGUCGAUCGCCUGAAGGAUCAAAAUCUCCAUGUCGCCCUCAUCGGCGGAGAUCUGAGUGAGAAGUACCGGCAUCUGGGCUACAACAAGCCCUCUGACAUCAGGAACAUCGGCGUAAGUUUGAACCCGAUGAAGCCAAGCAGGGGAGAUAAGUGGGUGGCUGAUGUUUCAGAAAUGCUGCUACGGCUGAAGGUGAACGUGCUUCUGGUGAAUGGGGUCGUGUCUGAAGAUCUUGCCGAGGCCUGCUUCCGGCACAACAUCCUCAUCAUUGAGCGGGUGAGGCCCGAAGUUUUGAAGGACUUCGCCAAAGCGACAGGAGCAAUACCGGUGACUUAUGCCACGCAGUUGUGUGAGCUUUGUGUUGGAGGUGGCGUGCAGGUGACCUUCUGGGGCGGCCCUGGUCGGAGAAGAUCAAAGAGACACAGGGCUGUGGGUGUGAAAAUCGGGGCAAUGGGAUCGGCGCUGGUCACAGUGGUCAUUGCGAGUGCCGUGCAAGCCAAGCUGCAAGCCUUGGAGGAUCGCUUUUGGGGUUGCGCCUACAGGCUGCACCAUGCACUCCUGGAUGGGAAGCUCCUUCCGGGAGCUGGGGUGACUGAAAUGCUUUGCGUAAAACACCUCUUGAAAGCAGCUGAAGAUAAUGUCAAGCAGGAGCAUGACAGUGGAAUGGGGUCCACAUAUGCUUCAAGGGGACACAGUCCCUACAGAUCAAUCGUAUUGCAGCGCAUGUCACGUGGCUGGGUGGAUUACGUCGCCAUGCUGAUGUCCAGCACCGGCAAGUGCUCGUCAGAGCUGGAAGCCUGUACAGUCCUUGGGCAAGAGCUGAGGCCUGAGGCUUCAAGGUCAACCCGGCUGAGUGGCUUCUGGGAGCAACCCUCAGGGCAGGGCAUAGGUGAUGGACAAACCGCAGCCAUUUAUGACAACGUAACUGUAAAACUAGAGGCCUGGAGGAGAGCUCUGGACUUGGUGCUAACAGUGCUCCAGACAGAUGUGGAGAUUAUCACCGGCAUCUCCAGCACCGAUGUACAGGGGCUGGAGGAUUUUCUGCUGCUGUAAAUCUAAUAAAUAAAGCAUUUUGUAUAGUGAA